GCUAGGGCUGGGGGUGAGCUGGAGUGGGCGGAGCUGGAGCGUCCAUGGCAGUGGGCGCGGCGGCGUUGGAGGCGCUCAUCCCUGGGGCAGCAAGCACAGCGGGUGAAAUCAGGGUUUGAUGGGGCGCAGGGUUGGAUCGAUUGGGGGCGCGUAGGAGAGGCUGCCUAGACAAGCCAGACAUGGUAGGCGUAGAUGUAGCACCUUGGCUGGCGUCGCUGCCCCUGGCGCCCGAGUUCCACCCCAGCGAGGAGGAGUUUGUGGAUCCCAUUGCCUACAUUCUCAAGAUUGAGCAGGAGGCCAGUCACUAUGGUAUCUGCAAAAUCGUUCCCCCAUACAGCCGGGCCCCCGAGAACACGGUGCUGUCCAACCUCAAUGCGUCUCUCGCGGCCACCCAAGACGCUACCACUGCCGCCGCCACGGCUCCGGGAUCUUGCUCCAUCCACGCCGCCACUCCUCUGGCGCGUAGCAUGUGUAGCGCCGUCGGGGGAGAAGGAGACGCUCGGGUUGUCAUGCCGCAGAGUGUGGAUUCGACGGCGAAAUUCACGACGAGGAGGCAGCAGCUGGGAUGGAACCCGAGGAGACCGCGCGGGGGAUCGCAGUACAGAGCGCAAAAGCAGGUCUGGGAGAGUGGCGAAUACUACACACUGGAACAGUUUGAGGACAAGGCCAAGGCCUUCUCCUCUACCACUCUCGGCCCUGGCUGCGACGACUUGAGCCCGCUGGCAGUGGAAACACUCUUUUGGAAUGCCGAGUUCUCCAAGCCUAUAUCCAUCGAGUACGCAAACGAUAUUCCAGGCUCUGCGUUUCUAGACUCGGGUGCUGGAGCUUUCCAAGGAGAAGAUGGCCGAGAGCUGGCCGGCAGUGGGUGGAACAUCCGCAACAUUGCCCGCUCCCACGGCUCGUUACUCAAGUGCAUGCCGGAUGAAGUCCCUGGCGUCACCACUCCAAUGGUGUACCUUGGUAUGCUCUUCAGCUGGUUUGCUUGGCACGUCGAGGACCACGAGCUCCACAGUCUCAACUAUCUGCACACGGGUGCUCGGAAAACGUGGUAUGCGGUGCCAUCGGAUGCAGCCUGUGCUCUGGAGGAAGUCAUUCGUUUGUAUGGCUAUGGCAGCCGCUUGAAGCCCCGAGCCGCGUUCACUCUUUUGGGAGAGAAGACGACUGUACUCUCGCCCGAAGUCUUGGUUGCCGCGGGAGUACCAUGUUGCAGGCUCGUGCAAAAUCCGGGAGAGUACGUCAUUACGUUUCCAAGAGCUUACCAUCUGGGCUUCAGUCAUGGUUUCAACUGUGGAGAGGCUGCGAACUUUGCUACACCUGCGUGGCUGGAGGUUGCGCGCGAAGCAGCAGCAAGACGAGCAUCUAUGAGUCAUCUCCCAAUGCUCUCACACGAACAACUUCUCUACUUAUUUACAAUGUCGCUUGCGAAGAGUCCAAGCAGCCCGCAGCUUCAACUAUCGACAUUUAAGGUUGAAAGCGCGGUAAAGACGGCUUUUGUGAACGAAGUUAAGCAGAACAACACGGUCAUUGCCAAGCUGCUGGAAUUUGGAGUGGAAGGAUGCGUCUUUUUGAGAGAAUGCAAAACACCUGGCACUCGUCCACAGGCAACGGCAGCUGAAACAAUGAUCGCGUCUCAGGCUUGCGAAACUGAAACGCAACAGACAAGUCAUUCUGACACUGGCUCGCUCCACGCAGAGAAAAACAACGACAAGCCUUUCUCCGUGGAAAGUAAAUCUUUCUCGCCAGAUAGAUACGGAAAUGCGAACGAAGCAUCUCGGAUAGCUCCUUUGCCUACUCCGUGGGGUGCACUACCUUGUGCAGCCUGUGGAAUCUUAUGCUUUGCAAGCAUGGCUUUGGUGCAACCGACGGCAACUCCAACUUUUUCUUAUCGCCAGCGCAAGCAGCCGCAAAAGUGCCGUACGAGUCAGGCAGGAGUUUUGCCACCUUCCAGCCUCGUGGACGUUUCCGACAUUCCGAAGGUAGACACGGGGUCAAUUCAGAAAAAACUGUCUCAUUUUUCAGGAAUAUGCCAACUAAACAGUGCGCACGAAGAACCCGAUGCCGGGGACUGCGACAUGCUACCCGAACUGAGCUCCCUCUCCGAUGACAACAUCCCAGAUAGUGAAGCGCUCCAGAAACUCCUGAAAGUUAGAACCCGUUUGACUCGGCCUUCUCUCGAGCUAUUAGCAGAGAUGUACAAGGAUGAUCUGAAGGAAGACAUCGAGCAGUGUGGACCCGAUGUUCCUCCUGAUGCGGUCAUAAGUACGGAUGAGGUGGGAACAUCUGUCGACGCACCGUGGCUGGUCCUUCGAGAUGAGCCAUGUGUCGCAGACUCGGACCAGGAACUUCAAAACCAGGCAGUGGUGGAAGCUGGAGCAGGCCGGUCGCUGUCGGCAAUAUUUGUUUCGAAAGGCUUGUGGUUCGGAGAAGAGCCAACGAAGGAUCUUGAUAUAUUGGAUAACGCGUCGGCCACUGCUACGAACGUGACAGAAUGUGAUAGUCACAGAGAAACGGAAAUUCCUGUUGUUCAAGCUCCAGUCUGUAGCUUCAACUGUGAAUCCAACAACAUUUUCUCCACCAACGAACUAGACGAAGAUUGUUCCGCGGUCGAGGUCGACGCUGCAAAUCCGAUCCUUUCUUGCUCAAACAACGAGGCAGAUGUGGAUAAGACAAUUGGAGCAUGGAAGUUCUAUAGGGGCUCUGCCCGACCUUAUGUCUUAUGCCUUGAGCAUGCGGUGGAGGCUGUGACGAAGCUACAACCCCUUGGUGGAGCAACUGUUCUUGUUAUCUGCCAUCCAAAUUAUGGUUCCAUUCAAAGAAAAGCAGAAGAGCUGGGUCAAGGAAUGCACGCCAUUUUCAACUGGCAGCAGAUACCUUUGCGCGAGGCAUCUGAAGCAGAAGUCGAGAUAGUAAACAAGGCAAUCCAUUUGAAGAUAGACAACAGCCUUGGCUGGAACUGGUGUGCGAAGAUGGGGAUUGGAAGCAGAAGAAAUAGGAAAGGUACUGCUGGUAUAGUGAGCUCGGAAGUGAGAUUAGAACAGGAGGAUCGAAAAACAGAAGCUGAGGCUGAAUCGGAAAUACCUUUAACAACGAAACCCGAAGCGGAAAAGAAAAUGAUUUGGUGCGGAAGGCAGUGGAAAGCAAGUCAGGUGCAUCCACUGUUAGGGGGUGGAAAAAGUGCUGCACAUUUACUGAGCCAAGUCUUACGAAUCCAGAAACGUUUGCAGCCGGCUAUGAAGAUUAGAAAUAGUUUUCCUGGACUAUCUAGUCAACCAUUGAAGAAGUUGAGGAAAGACGGUUGGGAGCAGCAGGAAAGAGUAAUGACAGCAGCUAUUUUGCGGAAGUCAAAACGAAAUGCUGUCGCCCGGGAAGGAAGAAAGAAAAGACUAAAGUUUGAUGGUUUACAAGCCCGGCUACAACAAGCUCAGCAUGGCGUUUGCAAGCAGGCUGUGUUUUCGCUAGAAUGCAACUCUAGUGAAAACCAGCAAAAUGACCAAGAUUCGACGAAGAAUCACGGAGGAACGAACGUACAAGGGUGGCUACUUACUACUUGUGAGACCUCGUUUAAUCCGGCUAGUUCCUCGACAGGGUGCCAAAGAAACUCAGAUUUUGACUCGGCCGAGCUGGUUAAGUGGCACGAUGUUCCAGUAUCGUGUUCUCCGUCGUUAGGCCCUCCCAUGCAAGCCUAUGAAUGGUCGAGUGACAUAUCUCCGAAUGGCAUAUGCAGCACAUCUCAACAGGACACCGGUUUUGACGAGAUGCAAGAGUGGGAUCAGAGGCCAGCCGAUCGAGCUAGAAAGCUGGUUGCUCGUUUGAAGAGGAGGAGUGGCGACAGUCAAAUGCUGGUGUUGUCGAAGAAAGCCAGGAUAGAGUGCGUAGAAAACUCAGACGAGCUUAACAGUCUCAUGGAGGACAUUCCGGACAGCGUCUCGGGGCUAAUUGCCACUGACGCGUAUGCCGACGAGUCUGAAGAGGACGGCAAGGACGAUGAGGUUGUGGUGGACGAGAGUGCUAGUGACAUUGACGAGUACUUUCUGAGGAGCGGAAGUGCUUCCGACACCUCUCCUCCCAAGGCGCUGCCGUGCUUUGCUGCAAGCAGGAAGCGGUCUUCCAGCAAGUCGCGGGUGAAGCGUGCAACGUGGGAGAAUCUGCUUAACAGGCUCGCUGCGCCAGCCGAAGAAGUGGCGCUGAUCCAGAACCAGGACUCGUUCCCUCUCUCGUGUGUCACGGAAACGGGCUGGGAAGGAAUCGAGUGUGGUACUUACCGGAGCAAGAAAUCUGAAACGCCGCAGGGUGGUAAGAAAAGGGGAGGUGGCGGGAAGAGAGCAAAGGCAGCAGGAGCAGCGGCGGCGACGACGACAGCAGCAGCAGGAAAUGGUGGUGGUGGGAACGUGGGUGUGGUGGCGGCGGACGAGAUGGACGACGCAAACAACCCGUUCCCGUGCGACGUAGAGGGGUGCACGAUGAGCUUCAACUCGGAGCAAGAGCUGGCGCAGCACAAGAAGAACAAGUGCACGUUCAAGGGGUGCGGCAAGCGCUUCUUCUCGCACAAGUACUUGGUGCAGCACCGGCGGGUUCAUAUGGACGAGAGGCCGCUCAAGUGCCCGUGGCAGGGAUGCACAAUGUCCUUCAAGUGGGCGUGGGCGAGGACGGAGCACAUACGAGUCCAUACCGGCGAGAGGCCGUAUUCGUGCCCCGAGUGUGACAAGACGUUUAGAUUCGUGUCCGACUUUAGCAGGCACAAGCGCAACACGGGUCACGCCAGAGCGUGAAGAACACACAACACACAAAAGGAAACAAGUCGCCAACUUUUUUACACAUGCGAGGUAAUGUUUCUUCCUCUGAUCGUGGAGUUCGUCGAUUUGUCAUUGUUUUACUCUCCCAUUCAUUCGCUGGAAGAAAGAGAUUCUUGGGAGCUGUGAUCUCCUCCUUGUAUACUAGCUGACGGGAAAUAUAUAAAAGAGUGUCGCAAGGCACACACAGGGUGGCGGACAAA